AUGAGAAGUUUCGGGUCAGUACUGAUUGCGGCUGCGCUACUAGCCUUGUCCUCAACUACGCCGGUGAAUAAUAUCACGACAGCUUCUAACACUUCAGAAGUCGCGGCUGUGCGCGAGUAUUUCUACAUCGGGGGGAAUUAUGAGCCCACGAGCUCGGGGACGCUGUUUGUGAAUCAGAUGUAUGUGGAGAAAUUAGUGCCCAGCCGACCAUCGCAGCGGUAUCCGCUGGUGCUCAUUCAUGGACAAGCUCAGACAGGGACCAACUGGCUGAAUAAACCAGAUGGCGGCGCCGGAUGGGCGACGUAUUUCCUGACGCAGGGCUUCACUGUCUAUAUCAUUGAUCAGACAGAGCGCGCGCGCAGCCCCUGGAACCCUGCGGGGAAUACCACUCAGACGACCUAUUCGGCUGAAAUUAUCGAAGAGCGAUUUACAGCUGUGAAGCAUUUCAAUCUCUGGCCGCAAUCACAGCUGCACACACAAUGGCCCGGGACUGGGCGUAUGGGUGACCCCAUCUUUGACCAAUACUAUGCGUCAAAUGUGCAGUUUCAGGCCAACACCGUGGCCCAGGAAACCAAAAUGCAAGCCGCGGGUGCGGCACUCCUGGACAAAAUCGGCCCGGCGGUUCUCAUUUCUCAUUCUCAGGGAGGACUUAUGCCGUGGGUUAUCGCUGACGUGAGGCCCAACUUAGUGAAAGCCAUUGUUAGCAUUGAGCCUACGGGCCCACCCUUCAUCGAUGCCGUGUUCUCGUCUGGUGCGACUCGACCGUACGGGCUGACCGACAUCCCGCUGACGUACUCGCCCGCGCCGACGAACACCACGGCGCCUUUACAGACGGCGCUCGGGGCCAAUGAUGCCGCGGGACUGGCGAACUGCACUGUGCAAGCGGAACCGGCGCGGCAGCUGGUGAAUUUCAAGAACAUCCCCGUGCUGCUUGAGACCAGCGAGGCGAGCUAUCACGCCGUGUACGAUGACUGCACCUUCAAGUUUUUGGUGCAGGCGGGGGUGCCAGCGCAACGGCUGAAGCUGGCGGAUAUUGGGAUCCAUGGAAAUGGACAUUUACAUUUCAUGGAGAAAAACAGCGAUCAGAUAGCUGCCGUGCUGCUUAGUUGGAUCGAGGAGACUGUAGGCUGA